GGCCCAGCGCCGCGGCGCCACCCGCAGACCCCCGCGCUCCCCCAGCGCCCUUGCUGCCGGCCCGGGACGGGAUGCGAGCCGGGCUGUGCCCCCUCCAGAACCCGGCCCUCUGUUUGUGCAACGUGCAGUGUGACCAGCCAGGCUCGUAUUGGCCUCUGGGGAUAAAGGGUGUUCCCAGAAUAGCAGAAGGUGGACGGUAUCUUUAGUGCCACCUGGGAUAUUUCCUGCGCCUGCAAAACUGCUCGGUGUCGGGUAAUCGAGAAUCCUUUUUAGAAGUUAGUCGAGUAGUCAGGGAAGGCGGUAGAGUUUUAAAUAUGUGACUUUACACAAAUAAUAUUGUGCUUCCUUAUGGAGCUGUGCUUUGAAUAUCCUUCAGGUGACUGUUGAACACAGGUUGGAUGAACGUGCAGCAACCCCGAGUUGACUAGAACAGAAAAGGGCAAAAAAAAGAAGUGCUUCGUUAGUAUGCUUGGAGGGAACACAGUAAGGAAAAUUGCCAGCAGAGGUGUCUAGAUGGAGAGGAUGGAAAUGCAUGUUUGAGGGGAAGGAGAAUCUGUUCUUCCAAGUACAUGUGAAGAUUUCUUGGCAGAUCAAACCAUUGAUCACCUUGUCUUCAUUUCUACUUGUUCUGUGUUGACAAAGGAGCGUGCCCAAAUGAGCAAGGUAUCACAGCAGAACACUACCCCGGGAGUGAAUGGAAUAAGUGUCAUCCAUACUCAGGCUCAUGCCAGCGGCUUACAGCAGGUUCCUCAGCUGGUGCCCGCCGGCCCUGGGGGCGGAGGCAAAGCUGUGCCUCCGAGCAAGCAGAGCAAAAAGAGUUUGCCCGUGGAUCGCAGCAGUGACGAGUAUCGCCAGCGCAGAGAGAGGAACAACAUGGCGGUGAAAAAGAGCCGGUUGAAAAGCAAGCAGAAAGCGCAGGAUACGCUGCAGAGAGUGAAUCAGCUCAAGGAAGAGAAUGAACGGUUGGAAGCAAAAAUUAAAUUGCUGACUAAGGAAUUAAGUGUACUGAAAGAUUUAUUUCUUGAGCAUGCACACAACCUCGCAGAUAAUGUGCAACCCAGUAGCACUGAAAAUACGACAGAUUCUGAUAAUGCAGGACAGUAGACCUCACCCCUUUCAAACGUCACAACUUGUGGCUUGAACGUUAAAGGUGUGACUACCUACACUACUCAUACCAGCGGCUGAAUCUCCAUUAUUCAAAGAUCCAUUGAAGGUUGUUUUCUAGAAUCAGCACUGAAGAGUUGAUUAGCUAAAAAUGUUAGCCAUAUAAUUUGAAUAUCUGGUUUUAAAUGAUAAGGAUUUUUGUGGGGAUAAAAAACAGUUUUAAAGGUAUAUGGUAAAAAAAAAAAAAAAUGCCCUGGAGCUUGAUGUUCUUAAUAAAUCCUGACUUCCCAAGAAAUGUUUCUUUUCUAGGUUGACAAAAGGAAUGGGGAACUGGCAAGUCAUGCAGAAGGGUCUUGGUUUUCAUAGAUACGGUUAAUUGGAUGAAAGAAAGUUGAAUGCCAUCUCUCUUUAUCUAUGUGUGACUUUUUCCUAAAUUAUGUAUUAAAAAUGCUUAGAGCUAUAGAAACCAAUCACUUUAUAAUUUGGAGUGAUUUUAUGUAUAGCAUAAACCUUGUUUUAGCAUAAUUAGUACCAUUUUCCCCGGCAAGUACAAGUUUUUGAAUAGUGAUGUCAGGUUAAGUAAAGAAACUCCAUUGCAUUUUAAAGGCAGUAUGCAGCCAACUGGCUUAAAAAUAUAAAUAGCAUUUAGGAAGCAAAUAGUUUUUUAAAAGUAAAAGCAAAGCAUUUGGGAUACCUUUGGGUUAUUGCAUUGGCAUUAUUUUGUUAAAAUUAAAAAAACAACUCAGUGGUUUAGAGAAACUUAUGUACCAAAAUUUUAGUUUCUGCAGAUGCUAGUAAAGUAAGCAUUUUGUUUUUUAACAUACCAUUUGGACAGCCAAGUUAGUAGACAAAACGUCUUAACAGUUUAUGGCCACACAAGUUACCCAUUAGGAUUUUGAAUAUUAAUUUCAGCAGGUAGUUUCUCCUGUGUUCAGAUACAUUGCAGUGGGGCUGUGGUUUUUAAAAGCAAAAAUUUCUUGUGAACCAUCACUUGGUAUUUGAUCUUAAACAACUGAUUAUUAGAAAAAUACAUCAUCAACUCCAUGCCAUUUCCCAAAAUAAUAGUCUAAGAAAACUUGAAAGUGUAAGGUUUAACCUUUAAUUUAUUUCACUUAAACACAUCGUUUUAUAUUGUUUUUGCGACAUUUUCUAGCUAGUGGGCUGUUCUUCCAGACUUUUGUACCACUUUUUAUUCAUUUGUAUGCAUUUAUGUCCCAUAAAUUAUUUUAGCAAGAAAAUACUGAUAAAACUCAGGAUAUUGACAUUUUUGUUAAGACUAAAAAGUGGCAGUCACUGAAGAUGGAAAUCUCUAGGGUCUGGCUUAUAUAAGUGUUGGUAGUUUUGAUUGUCCUUGUUGACUUUUUUUUUUUUUUUUUUAAAGAACAAUUCUAGCUCAAAUUUGUGUUUUUCUCUUUUUUUGGUUUUUGCUUUUGGGUGACCUAGGCUGGUGACAAGAGACUGAGUCACAUCAGAUUAAAAAGUUACCAGGUAUCUUAUUUGAACAUGGUCAUUUUGGGCCACAUUGUUGUUUCCUACUAGGACCUGGGACAGUGUAACCAGGAUGUAACUCAAGUUGCACCCUUGGGUUGGUGGAAGAGUGCUGUCUGUGCCCUUCUGGGCGGAAGAAGACAUCACAGUGCCCUGCAACUCAGCAAAGCCAUUAUUAAAGGCCAAGAGUCCCUUCUGCAUGUGACAAGAGCCCUGUAUUGUUCCAUGAGAGUGACUGUCCCAGGACGGUUAACUCCCUAUAGAUCCAGGAGACAGGAUAGGGCUUCCUGUUAGGGUCCAACAUUGGUUUACUGUGGUUGGAGUACGGAUCUACUUGUAGGUUGAUAGAUGUUUGAAACAACUAACUAGGAGAUACCCACAGAAUCCUACUGAAUCUUUAAUAGCACCUCACUGGAGAUGCAGUUAGGUCACUUGAAUCUUUAAGCACCUAUAAGAGGUGCUACAGACAUUUUAAAUCUCUUAUUUACUAAACAAUAUCUUUCAGAAAUGGUUGUCCCCAUGGAAUUUAUUGUUACCAAUUAUGUGAAUUGACUUAACUCUCUUGGAAAAGAAGCUUUAGGGAAAUCAUCAGGUAUGUACUCAAUUAUUUCAAAUAAGAAAAUAAGAUUGUACCUUUUGGAAAAAUUCAGGCUUUCCUUUUACCUAUGCAAAUCAAAACUAGCACCAGCAGUCAUGCAUAGAACAGAAAUGUUAACCGUUGUCUUGACUAUCUCACUGAAGUGUUUGGGAAUGAAAGUUUUUAGUUUGAUAGAUUUAACAGUAUAAAAUGGAGGGAAACCAAGUAUGGGGAAUGGGUAAGUUUGGGAAUUGUAUAUGACUUCUGUAACUUUUGUCCUGUAGGUUACAUAUGAACCAUUAGGAUAUGAUCUGCCUUUGCUGGCAGGUCUAGUGAUUUAGGAAUUAGGCUUUAGUAUAAAUUUCUAGCUGCAUGUGAGUCUUCCGGGAUGGGUGUUUUCUGACAGGUCUUGGCUGCAGGUGGUGCGAUCCAACAGUUCUUCCUGCUGUCUGGCCCCUUUUAGUUACUGGGAUGUGAGCUCAGUUACUUUGGACAUUCUUACCAAGAAGUAGUAAGAUUUUAAUAAAAUAUGACCAGAUUUUUGAAAUUCAGGUCACGAGUGUGAAAUUCUCAAAUUUACAUAAGUAGAAGUAUGUACAAUUUAAUGUUUGGUGUUACAACAAAGGAAAUCGUAGCAGCUUUUGAUGUUUCUUGAUCCCCCUUAGAGGGCUUGAAGCUUUGUACCUGAACAACCCAGUUAAAACACUCAAGAGUGUUUUUGAUGCCUUAGAAAUAGGAAAAAAUUUUUUGUUUGACAAAAGCUAGGAAGGAAGAAAGUCCGUCCUAUAGCUGUUAGAUCUGCCUCUCAGGAAGAAGUACCUAACUUGUUCUUUUUGUUCCUGGCUUUCCUCAGUUUGUGAGAUUACUCUAUUUUUUUAAAUAUAAUUUUAUUUCUUUCAGUGAAUUUGAAAUAAAAAUAACUUUGGAAUAAUGA